AUGUUACCUAUUGUCUAUAAUAACACUUUUACCACUUUAUGUAACACUUUUUGGGUGUUACUUAAGGUUAGUUAUAUACUAGUGGUAGUCUGUACACCUGAAGGUGUGAUACCAGUGAGAUAUUGGGUCUUUGUACGAAAGAGAAAUGAAAAUGGUGAUAUUGUAAGAUAUAAGGCCCGAUUAGUUGCACAAGGAUUCUCACAAAGACCUGGUAUUGAUUAUGAGGAGACAUACUCUCCUGUGGUGGAUGCAACUACUUUUAGAUUUCUAAUCAGUCUGGCAAUAAGAGAAGGACUUGAUUUAUGCUUGAUGGAUGUAGUCACAACUUACUUAUAUGGCCCACUGGAUAAUGACAUUUAUAUGAAACUCCCAGAAGGAUUUAAACUGCCAAAAGCAGUAAAUUCAGUAUAUGUUGAUAACUUAAAUAUUAUUGGAACUCCUGAAGAGAUUUCAAUGACAUCAAUAUACAUAGAAAAGGUUCUUAAAAGAUUUUCUUUAGAUACAAUAUAUCCACUGAGUAACCCUAUGGUUGUUAGAGCACUUGAUGUAGAAAAAGAUCCCUUCCGACCUCGGGAGAAUGACGAGGAAAUUCUUGGUCCUGAAAUACCAUAUUUAAGUGCAAUAGGGGCAUUAAUGCAUUGGAAUGGGGUUAAGCAUGUACUUCGUUACCUUCAAGGUACGAAAGAUAUGGAUGCAAGGUACAUGUCUGAUCCUCAUAAUGCUAGAUCACAAACUGGAUAUGUGUUUAUGUGUGGAGGUAAUUCUAUUUUUUGGCGUUCUAUGAAACAAACAAUUGCUGCUACUUCUUCUAACCAUGCAGAAAUUUUGGCAAUCCAUGAGGCUAGUCAUGAAUGUGUAUGGUUAAGGUCUGUAAUUCAACAUAUACAGAAGAUUGAGGCAUAA